CACGCGUACGCGUGAAAGCAAGAGUCGUUCCCCUUUGAUAUAAAAAAAUAAAUAAAUAAAUAACCGUUGUAUUUCACGUAACAUGAGCAACGCAUUUUGUUUAUCAAACCACCAAACCCCGGAUAAGUGUAAAACUCCGAAGUUUCGUGGCGACCAAACACAGUCAUUGCAACAGCUUCCGACCUGAACACGUGUCCCCACGUCCACAAGUCCAGCUGCAAUCCUUGAGGACCCCCCUCAAGUCGCCGGGUUGAGCAGGGGUCCCAGGCCUUGCCAGCGUGCACGCCGCUACAACAGCUCGGUUGGCAUCGACCCUCCUGGCAUCGAUCCCCUGUGACGUGUGGCCCAAGACUUCGUGGCGGACCUUGGGUCCAGGUGGCGCUGCUCUGGUUGGACGAGAAGAUUCAGCGGACUCGUGGCGGAUUCGCGAGUUUAAAUACCUGAUUUCUCCUCAAGUCUUCCUCUCUCAUAGCAUCCCUAUAGAAGCCGCUGGCUCGUAGCUUGGUCCAACACUUUUCACUAGAUAUCUGAAACGCCGAAAUGUUUCUGUUUCUGCUCUCGGCCUUCACCACCCUCCUGGCGCUAGGCGCCUGCGACAAAAACUUCACAGUCACCUCUGAGGUGGUGCUGGAGGUAGAGGUGAAGAAUUACAACGGUCAAGGCGAUGACAUUAGCGGACAGGUCGUGAUUGGUCUCUUCGGGGACACAGUGCCAGUUGCAUCCCUGAACUUCAAAACUCUUUGCUCCGGAUUCAAAAGACCAAGUAGCCAAAUCAACGCAGGGAAAUCCAGGAAGGCACGUAGGCAGCAGAGACAGGUCGGCGGAUUCGGAGACGGAGAGCAAUACCUGAUGGCUAUCAACAGAAUGGGCCCACAGGACAAGGAUGUCCGCCCCAAACGCCCUGUCAGAUUCACAGAGUGCAACGUCAACGAGGUCAAGAAAUACGAACUCUCCGUCAAAGACAUGAAGACUGACGAUUUGGAGGGCAUUGUUUCUCUUUAAAUACAAUAUUUUUUCUUAAAAUACUUUAUAUGUAUUGUUCAUUUUGCAGUCUGUUGUAUUGUGAGUCCCUUGUUUAAUUGUCUGUCCUAAAAGAGUCGUCUGAGGAUGCGUUUAGUAUAAAUAAAUUUCAUUCUUCGAUUUCACAACGUCAUGAGCAAAAACAUUUACGUGUACGGAGUGUAUGUUUUGGAAAGAAAGGCUGAGUGUUAGAAUGUAGCGGUGUGUAUCUUUGUGCUGACAAGACUCGUCGACUAGUGUGCAUCUAUUCUUUGUUCUCUUCUCUGUACUUUUGCAUUUUUCAAUCAUCUUUGUUUAAUGCAAGAACCUGCUUUCUGUAACAUGCUCCGAAGCAGAACAAAUGAUGCAAUAAAAUACAAAACUUGAUAUGC